UUGAAUAAUGUUUGAUGGAUAAUAUCACCGAUCACCGGUGUCUACCCUACAAUUUCGAUUAAUUUAAUUAAUUUUGUAUGGAAAAACAAAAUAUUUUAGAGAAAGUUGUGUGAAAAAGGAAACGACGAAAUAUUUUGUAAUUAUGAGUUACUCAAUUAGAAAAGAUCGAGGAAAAAAUCAGUAUGAAAAUCUUAAUCAAGAUGGAAUAUCUUUUUAUAGCAAUUUACGAAGACCUUCGAUUUUGAGUUUUUUGAUAGUAAGUUUGUGCUUCUGUUUUUUAAUGCUCUCUGUAUGGAAUUUGAAUCGAUCGCUACCAAAUAAGGAGAGACAUGUAUUUUUUCUGAAUCCUCGACAAUCUCUUCUGCAAACAACUUCGGAAAAUUUCCUCUCCUUUGGCCUCGACUCAUCUUUAUUGAGAAAUAUGAAGGAAUUUCCAAUUGCAAACGAAUAUUUUAUUAAAUUGGCACGACACUUGAGUCCAGCUUAUGUUAGAUUCGGUGGAACUUCAGCUGAUUGUUUAUAUUUCAAUCAGACUUCAUACAAUUACGAUCGUCAGACAACAAAUGAAUUUGAUAAUGACAUUAGUAAUUUUACAAUAACAGAUGAGGAUUUUGUACUUUUAUAUAACUUCGCACUAAAAGCAAAAUUACGAAUGCUCUUUGAUUUUAAUGUUCUACUUCGUAAUUCUAAUGGAACUUGGAAUAAUUCGAAUGCAAGGAAAAUUUUGAAUUUUGCCCUAACGAAUGGAAUGAAUAUUGACUGGCAACUUGGAAAUGAACCAAAUUCUUUUCGCCACGUCUUUAACGUUGAUAUUCCGGCUCAACAAUUAGCCAAAGAUUAUUUAAAUUUACGAUCAUUGUUAAAUGAAACCGGAUAUGAUGACAGUAUUUUAAUUGGUCCUGAAGCAAAUCACAUUGGAGAUACAGAACACAAAACACAAAACGGUGACAAAUAUGUCAAAGAAUUUUUGGAAAAUGAUGAAAAUUCUGUUAAUUUUCUAUCGUGGCAUCAAUAUUAUCUCAAUGGAAGAGAAGCAAAAGUUGCAGAUUUUCUGAACCCGGAAAUUUUCAAUAUUUUGCCAAAUCAAAUAAAAUCAAUUCAAGAAGUCAUUAAUUCUGUGAAAAGGAAUAUUUCCAUGUGGCUAUCCGAGACAGGUUCGGCGUUUGGUGGCGGUGCACCGGAUAUGUCAAACAGAUUUGUCGCUGGCUUUCUUUUUCUCGAUAAAUUGGGAUAUUCGGCGAGUGUUGGUCUUCAAGUGAUAAUUAGACAAUCAUUUUUUGGUGGCAAUUACGCAAUGGUGGGACCCGAUAGACAACCAAAUCCCGAUUGGUGGAUUGGCGUUCUCUAUAAGGAUUUUGUUUCCAAUAAAGUAUUAAAACUUCAGUCGGCUAAUAAUUUUGGAACACUCCGACUUUACGCUCAUUGUACGGCGGGAAAAUCGCUUAUCAAUAAAAUGCCCGCUGUCACUAUUUACGGAAUGAAUUUAAAUAAUUAUCCAGUGAAAAUUCUCAUUCAAGGAUUCGCAGCUUCUUCGAAAAGUAGCACAUUUUUGUAUACACUUACUGCUGAUGAUUUGCAAUCCAGGACAAUUAAAAUGAAUGGAGAAGAAUUGAAAUUAUCGUCGAAUGGCGAUUUGCCAGCUUUUAAUCCUGUAUUUUUGAAGACUGGAGAUUUUAUUACUUUACCCGCUCAUUCAAUGGCAUUUAUCGUAAUGCAUGGUGUCAAAAUGUCUGCGUGCUCUAAAAAAUAAUUUGUUUUUAAUACAGUAUUUAAUAAAUUGAUUUUUACAUUUUUAA